AUGUCGAAUCCCUUCUUCGGCAGUUCAUCCCCGCAUGAACCGGCCGAAGAAAUCACCGAAGAGACGAUAUUUUCAGGACAGCCUGCAAUCUUCAUCCUCCCCACACAUUUACCAAUCGACAUGUUACAUGAAACUGAAAACAAACUGGUACGGUAUGGAGGUAUACUCACUUAUGAUAUUACGGAAGCCACCAUCAUUUUGGGAAAGAUUAGCCAGAAGAAGCGAGCUGCGCUCGAGCUUCGUUCUCGGGGAGUUUGGACUGAGGAAAUUCCAAUCGGUUUCGAAUCACCAUCAACGAUAUCUCAGCCAGAUGAGCAGCCACCUCCAAAGCGGAGGAAAACAAGGACUACCAACUCAGCUGUCAAUGCGGGCAUUGAACUUGUCGACCUGAGCACAGAGUCAGAGUCCGAAGAAGAUGGAGUCCGGAGUCGACAUGAUCCGGGCAAACAUCUUAUACAACCACCGAAAGAACCCGAGAAUACAGUCACUCUUCUAAAAGUGGAAUGGCUAGACCACUCAAUCGCUGCAGGAAGAGCCCUCCCUUGGGAUUCAUUCGUGGUUUAUAAAGGGCAAAAGACCGCCCGUCCUACACCUGUUACGCCAGCAAAGUCGCCUUCGCACAAAGUCCCCAGUGCAAUUCUACAGCGCGCCAAAGAAGACGCAGCCUCGCAACCAUCGUCGGAUGCAUCCAAGUACUUUCAUACUCGCCGAUCCAAAGAACCUCCUGACGGCAUUGGGAGUCAGCGUCAACCACCGACUCUAUACCGACAGACAACCUCCGAGCACGACGAGGUCCUUCCUCUACCACCUCAACCAGACUGGGUCCGCGAUCAAGUCCUAUACUCAUGCAUGCGUUCAGUACCCUUACACCCACCAAAUGAAGAGUUUAUUUCCCAACUCGUCAAGAUCCGUCGCAUAAGGGAACUCACUCUCGACGAAAUUGGAGUGCGAGCGUACAGUACCUCGAUAGCAGCAAUUUCUGCCUAUCCACACGUCAUUCGACGGCCAAGUGAGAUCCUAUCUUUGCCAGGCUGUGAAGCAAAAAUCGCAAAUCUCUUCGCUGAGUUCCAGCAACAUGGUGGCUGUAAACACACCGACGAUGACGGAACUGUUGCUGCAGCCAACGCUUUGGAAACGGAUCCCGUCCUCCGUGUUCUGGACACGUUCAAUCGGAUCUGGGGAGUAGGAGCGAAGACUGCGAGGGAUUUCUACUACCACCGUGGGUGGCGGGAUCUGGACGAUAUCGUUGAACAUGGAUGGAACUCUCUAUCUCGUGUCCAGCAAAUAGGCGUGAAGUUCUUUGACGAGUUUCAAGAGGGUGUUUCCCGUCGUGAGUCGGAGAAGAUUGCUGAAACCAUACGCCGACACGCCAACAAAGUCCGGCCUGAGGCGGACGACAAGAUUGAGUGUAUUAUUGUUGGUGGGUAUCGCCGAGGCAAAGAGCUUAGUGGCGACGUCGACGUGAUCCUCACACACCGCGACGAGGAUAUCACUCACAGUCUUGUCGUGGACGUUGUCGCUAGCCUCGAGGCAGAGCUUUAUGUCACACAUACGCUCGCACUGCAUCUUACAUCUUCGCAUCGCGAACAACAAACCCUUCCCUACCGCGGCGAUGAAACGGGCAAACACUUCGACUCCCUCGACAAAGCCUUGGUCGUCUGGCAGGACCCGAAUUUUGAGGGUUCCAGUCCCACGAACCCACAGGAUUCAAGCAAUCGCAAGAAGAAUCCAAAUCACCACAAACGUGUCGAUAUUAUCAUUUCGCCCUGGCAUACGGUUGGUUGUGCUGUGCUGGGAUGGUCGGGGGAUACUACCUUCCAGCGAGACCUAAGGCGAUAUGUGAAAAAGGCACAUUCGUGGAAGUUCGACUCUAGUGGAGUGCGCGAACGGACCACUGGUGGCCAGGUGCUGGAUUUAGAACACGGUGGAGAGACGUGGGAAGAGAGGGAGAGGUUGUUGAUGGAGCGGUUAGGAAUCGGAUGGAGGCCUCCACAGGAGAGAUGUACUCGUUGA